CCUCCAUUGGGCGAGGGGUUUCACUGACCGAGAGUCGCAACCGCGAUGGCGACGGUCAAGGGUAGCGUAUGGGAGAUCGGCGUCGAGGACAUUGUGGCGGCCGGGCUACCGCCCGAGGAGGCGCAGCGCUUCCAUUCGCGGCUUCGUGGGGCGGUUGGGAAGGAGCCCCGCGUGGGGGCGGAGUCGGAGGCGUGGAGGGCCGUCGUGGACAACGGUCUACUGAGGCCUGAUCACCCCCAUCCUCUCCACCAGCUCGUCUACUACUCCGUCUACUCUACCUGGGACAGGGCCCUCCGGGGCCCGCCUCCCUACUGGUUCCCCUCCUUGUCACAAUCCAAGUACACAAAUCUUGGAAAACUGAUGGAACAUCAUGGUCCAAAAAUUUUAGGUUCAUCGUAUCAUGACCCGCUUACAAGCUUUGCCCUCUUCCAAAAGUUCUCAGUGCUCCAUCCUGAGGUGUUCUGGUCAAUUAUGAUUAAGGAGCUUUCAGUGGUAUUCCAAAGCGCCCCAACAUCUAUGUUGGAUACUUCAGACAAUUCCAAUGCUAGUGGGACGUGGUUUCCAGGUGCAGUACUAAAUAUUGCUGAAUGUUGUAUUCAACCAGUAGAUUUCCAGAAAAAGACAGAUGAAAGUGCAGCUAUUCUCUGGAGGAAUGAAGGUUUUGAUGAUUUCCCAAUAAACUAUUUGUCACUGAAGGACCUUCGCAAUCAAGUCAUGUCAGUUGCAAGUGCUCUGGAGAAAAUAUUUAUGAAGGGAGAUGCAAUUGCCAUAGAUAUGCCAAUGACAUGCACUGCAGUAAUCAUAUACCUAGCAAUUAUCCUUGCUGGAUGUAUUGUUGUAUCUAUAGCUGACAGUUUCACAUCAAAUGAAAUUGCAAAACGAAUGGAGGUGGCAAAAGCCAGAGGAAUAUUUACUCAGGACUUCAUUCUUCGAGGAGAAAGAAAGAUUCCACUUUACAGGCGUGUUGCAAAGGGUACAUCUUGUAUUGCUAUUGUUGUUCCUGCACUUGGCGAUGAUGUGGGAGUUCAACUAAGAGAUCAUGAUAUGCCAUGGAAAGAUUUUCUUCUAUCUGCUGCUUCAUUUCCAAGCAUUCAAUGUGACUAUCUUCCAGUGUAUCAAUCAGGAGAUAGAGUAACCAAUAUAUUAUUUUCUUCAGGGACAACAGGAGAACCUAAAGCUAUUCCUUGGACUCAGAUAUCGCCGAUAAGAUGUGCAGCUGAUUCAUGGGCCCAUAUAGAUAUUCGACCGGGAGAUAUUUGUUGCUGGCCGACAAAUUUGGGGUGGGUAAUGGGACCAAUUUUACUUUAUUCAUGUUUCUUAAAUGGAGCUACUAUGGCUCUCUACCAUGGAUCUCCUCUUGGACAUGGUUUUGGAAAGUUUGUGCAGGAUGCAUCUGUGACAAUGUUAGGAACAGUUCCCAGCCUAGUGAAAUAUUGGAAGAGCAGCAAAUGCAUGGAAGGUCUUGACUGGUCCAAGAUCAGGGUAUUUGCUUCUACUGGUGAAGCAUCUGAUAUCGAUGAUGACCUAUGGCUCUCUUCGCGCAACUUCUACAAACCAAUUAUUGAAUGUUGCGGUGGAACUGAACUUGCAUCUUCUUAUAUACAGGGCAGCUUGUUGCAGCCACAAGCUUUUGCUGCAUUUAGCAGUCCAUCAAUUUCAACAGGAUUAGUCAUUAUUGACGAACGAGGAAUUCCUUAUCCAGAUGAUCAACCUUGUGUUGGAGAAGUAGGCUUGUUUCCGGUAUAUAUGGGUGCAACUAAUAGGUUGCUCAAUGCUGAUCACAAGAAGGUUUACUUUGAUGGAAUGCCAACAUACAAAAUGUCGACGCUUCGACGACAUGGGGAUAUAAUCCAAAGAACUGUGGGUAAUUAUUACAUUGUGCUUGGCAGAGCCGAUGAUACCAUGAAUCUUGGGGGCAUUAAGACAAGUUCAGUGGAGAUAGAACGCAUAUGCAACAAAGCUGAUGAAAAUGUGAUGGAGACGGCAGCAGUGAGUGUUCGAUCCAGGACUGGGGGACCUGAGCAGCUGGUUGUGUUGGCAGUUCUUAAAAAUGGGUCGGCAAAUUGUCAUCCAGACUUUCUCAAAGCUAAAUUCCAGAAAGCCAUCCAGAACCACCUCAAUCCUUUGUUCAAGGUAAGCUUUGUAAAAGUUGUUCCAGAGUUUCCUCGGACUCCGUCGAACAAAUUGCUGAGAAGAGUGCUAAGAGAUCAGCUCCAACAAGAGCAUUUUACUUUCAGCAAACUGUGAAAUAAUGAAAUUUGAAAGGGGAUCAGAUCAGUUUGAAGCAAUGGCGCAUAUCAGGUACAUUCUCGAUGCGAAUCUAGUGAGUUAUCAGCCUGCAACGGUCAUCUGGUACAUUCACGGAGAUCACCCUGUAGGUCAAUAAAAAUUUACUUUCUUUUGUACGCUAAAUCUGUUCUUUGCACUGUGGUUCUGCAAUCAAUAAAGGUUUACCUUCUUCAGGAGUUAUAGAAUGA